AUUGAUUGACAUAAAAAAUAGACUCCCAAUCUCCCAUUAAGAAACAAACUUAUAAAUGGGUUUCAUAUAUGUUUAUACAGUACUAUCUCAUUAAUCACCGAUCACAAAAAUUGGAAAGGAAGGAAAAAAUAAUACUACUAUUGUCCACGUGUCAAAGACCCAAUACCUCUGGAGAUGUCAGGAACCGCCGCCGGAUUGAAUCCCAGGCAGCCCAGCAGCCCCUGUUUAUACGGCAGAAACGUCUUCCGCUUCAUCUCCUCUGCCGCCGCUCUGUUCAUUGUGUAAUGCAUCUCGUGCGGCGACACCGCCUGCCCGCCUCUCAACAGCCGCGAGCUCCCGAAGCUCUCCGUCGAUCGGAAGCUGCAAGUCUUCGCAUCAUCUGCCGCCGCCGGCGACGACGACAGCGACUCCCUCCUCGACAGCACCGCGUAUUUCGCCGCCGCCAACUGCUCCGCCCUUGUCGCCCUCCCUUCCGACGCGCUUCUGAACAAAAGGAAGUCCCUCAGCUUCCAUUUCUUGUACCGCCCCUUGGAGAACGAAAUCGCCGACAGAAAAGUCGCCGCAUAGGACUGCUUCUCGCCUCCGGCGACGGCGGCGGGCCCAGUCGAAGACGCUGCGCCAAAGAUUCUCGAAGCCGGGUUGAAUUCGGAGCUGUAGUCAUCCUGAUCCAACAUUACGUCGGCGAUUCGCAUCGGCGACAGCGACCUGCUGCUCCCACGGCGACCGGGAAAAGAGUCGAAAUUGGAAUUAGAUCCGAUCACUCUCCGUUCUCUUCCCCGUUGGUCAAGCCCUGCCUUGGCAUCUCGCUUCCGAGUCUCCUCAAUCGCUGCCGGAAAAGGAUCGAUAACUCUGUUUUUCGCGGAUCGCGGCGAUCUCGGGGACCGUGGAGAAUUGGCGGAGGAUGCGACUCCCGAAUCGUACCCGGGUGGGGGUUUCAACGGCCGGAUCUUACCGCCGUCGAAGAGCUCGUCGGCGGCGGAUAACGAGCUCCUGGCCAAUUGACCGCUGAAAUCGAAUUCAAAAUCGUAAUCGUCGUCAAAAAAGUCGGUGCUCUUGGCUCGGAUACUGGCUCGCUUGGGUGUCCCGGGCUUUUCUUCCCACAUGAAAGGAACGGCGGAGGAGGAGUCGUCGUCGACGGCGGCGGCGAUGGAGAGGGCCAUGGAAUCGUCGAUGUCGCGGAGGAAGGAUUUGGCGUUGGG